ACCGCGGCUACAUCUGUCAUACACCAACAUUGGAAAUGCUCCGCUCUCAACACUUCAAGACUUCUUUGUCGAUUCUGUGUUUGGCGUUCAUUGUACUAACCAUACGAGCCACGCCAUGCCGUAAUGGUCAGCACUGCCGAGAAUGUGACGAUGACGGAGACUGCUCAACACAGUGUGAACGUGGAUACUUUGGGAAGAAAUGCAGGUCAGAGUGCAGCAGCAGAUGCACACAUAAGUCGUGUAACCUCACAGCGGUAGGCAUCGAGACUUGCACGGAGGGAUGUGUUCCAGGAUUCAUGGGUACAAGCUGCAAGAUACCAUGUGGCAACCCUGGGACACAGUGUACGGAGUGUGAAGGUGGAUGUGAUGGCGGGUACUGCAUGCUGAGUCCUACGUCGUGUGUUUCUGGAUGUGUUGACUCCUACUAUGGCCUUGACUGUAAGCACUGCUCUGAGAGAUGUAAAUCAUGUAACAGGUCUACAGGAAUAUGUGUCCUGUGA